UAUCCAGCCGCUGUGCCGAAACAGUAUUCCUGCAAUGGCAAAAUUAGAGCCAUACUCGGGCGACUACUACCUUUGGAAAUAUGUCCCAUCGAUUCCAGCAGCUGUCAUCUUCCUCCUGCUGUUCGUAUGCAUGACAGCCUUCCAUUCCUGGAAAAUAUGGAAGACGCGGGCGCGGUUCUGCAUCCCUUUUGCCAUUGGAGGAUUGUUCGAAAUCAUCGGCUAUAUAGGUCGGAUCGCCUCGCACGGGAAGACUGGACAGCUUGGCCCCUACAUCAUUCAGAGCGUCUUUCUUCUGCUUGGGCCAGUCCUCUUCGCGGCUUCGGUAUACAUGGCCCUCGGACGCCUUAUCCGCAGCAUUCAAGCAGAGAAGUACUCUGUUGUUCGCGUCAACUGGCUCACAAAGAUAUUUGUCGCGAGUGAUGUCCUCACCUUCCUCAUCCAGGGCUCAGGAGCGGGUCUUAUGGCGAGUGCGUCGAGUACGGACAUGGGCAACAAUAUCAUCAUCGCGGGACUUGUGCUUCAAGUGCUCAUGUUUGGACUGUUCAUGGUCACGUCGUUUGAAUUCGAGCGGCGAAUGAGCCGCGCUCCGAGCGGGCAUGUCUUUGAUGCCGACGUGCCGUGGAAGACUCACUUGCAUGUUUUGGAUGCCGUCAGUGCUUUGAUAUUGAUUCGGUCGGUGUUUAGGGUAAUCGAGUACGCUGGGGGUCAGGAUGGGUAUUUGCUUGGUCAUGAGUGGACCAUGUACAUCUUUGACUCGGUGCCAAUGAUCACCGCAAUGGCGUUGUGGGCGGUGUGGCAUCCGAGUGUCCUUCAAACUUCUACCUCGCGUACGCACUCAGAGGCAUUAGAUAUGAGGAUGAGUUGAUUGAAUUGGGUUGGUUGAGGGAAUGUCUCUAUAGAGGAAAUGCUGUUCAUGAAUGAUUUAUUAGAUUAGUGUGCGUGUCUGCAAUUAUUAGCUGUCGAAGAAAUAGACAGGUCAUUUGAGCAAAUGGUAAUCGAGUCGAUUGAUAGUAUUUCUUUGGUAAGCCAUUCAUUUGCGAUCAGGGUGAAUAAAGCCCUUAGGAUUGGGGACAUUGGUCCCCUUGAUUAGGAGCAACAUUGUCGCUGCCACUUUAGAAUCAGGGAUUCAAGAGGCCAUCAUAUUCAUCCCUUGUUGAUCAUGUAAUCAAACCCAUAGCCCUCAUCGCCAGUUAGGUUGCAGGUCUCUCAGUGGCAGCUAAGCAAUGGAAAUGUCCAAGUGGAACUGAGUGGGUCAAAGAAAGAAUGCGACUACUUUAGUACUGUGUGGGGAGAAGCAACAGCAAAGUGGACCAGAU